AUGGUUGCAGUCGCUCGUCUCAGACCAGUUGGAAACGCCGCUAAGCAGACUCACAUUCAAUCACAAUCACGGACUCGAAACUAUAUGUCUCCUGAGUACUCUGCCCAAGCUGCAAGUCGAACGGAGAAGACACAUGGGUUAUCCCUGGUAAAAACUGCCAUGUAUGCGGCACAUCAUGUUGAUAGGUCGAGAGCUCACGGCGGAAUAGAAAUGAGUUCGGACUCAGAGAUGCCGUCCGACUUGGUCGUCGAGGCCGCCGGAAUCAAGUGGUCGACAACCAAUCCAAUGGCGUCAAAUCGAAUCGAGCUCGGGGUGGAAAAUUGCACAAAAGGGGAGAAAGAUUAA